UGUUUCAUCGUUUGUAUCAAAAUUUAAUCUUUGUCAAAGUUAAAUAAUUUGUUGAUUAUCAUCAUCAGUUCAGCUCUGCCACCAUGUUUUAUCAUAGGGGCUUUUGCCAUGAUGUUGAAGCAUUACAUUUUAAGGUCAUUAUGUUAUGUGUCGUUUUUUAUCUUUUGAUAUUUGGACCAUGUACCAUGACUGGGACCCUCAAUCCGACGGGCUAUGGUGAGUAUGGGUAUGAUGGAAUUGACUCGAGUUUGGGUUCAGACAAUGUGUUAGUUGAUGAUAGUAGGAAGAGAAAUUUAUCACCGGAUGUUAAGCUUGAAAACAUUUGUAGACGGUCAGACUUGUUCUGUUUUCCUUCAACUUUAUCGGGGGUUAAAGCAGAUGAUACAGUAAUAGGAACGGGUGACAUCAGGUCAUCAAACCAUGGGAAUUUUCAAUUAAUAAACGGGAAUGUUGUUUCUUGCUCACUUGAAGUGAAAGAGAGUAAUCAAGAUACCUUUGAUAGUAGUAAUGAAAAUGACACACCAUUUGUUAGGAUCAAAUCUAGCAUUGUGAAUGAUUUUUCGUCAGUAGAUAUACAAAUUAGCCACUCUUUACUUGACUGGGGCCGAAAGUAUUUACAUGUUCCUUCGUUAACUUCUCUUACAGUUGAAAAUCGACAUAAAAGUAGAGUUUUGAAUGUUUACGAACCAUAUAGUACCAACAAACAAUUUUACCCUUGCAAUUACAGUGAAUUCAAGCUUGGACCUGGUGAAGUUGCAUCUAUAUGUUUUGUGUUUUUGCCAAAAAACCUAGGCUUAUCUUCGGGUCACCUGAUAUUACAAACAAGCUCAGGUGGGUUCUUGGUUCGCGCUCAAGGCUUUGGUGUUGAGCCUCCUUACAUGAUACAAUCAUCUGUUGGUUCAGGUCCUAGGGUUGUUUCGGUGUUCAAUCCUUCUGAUAAAGUAUUGCAUUUGGAAGAAGUAAGUGCUUGGAUAUCUUUUUCAUCUGGGAAUGUUUCCUAUUUGGUUAGUGGUGUUUGCAGUGUGAUGGAUUAUAUGAGUUCUUCUGAUUUUGAUGUUAACGAGUGGUUAGAUGUCAAAAUCAGUCAAGUUGGUCAACCUGUAAUGGCAGUAAGACCACAGAAGACGUGGAGCAUUGGUUCGAACAGCAUCCAACCUAUUUUAGAGCUUGACUUCCCAUAUAAUUUUCAAGCAACGAUAUAUGGUUCUUUUUGCAUUCACAUACUGAAUAAUGAUUUAAGAGAUAGCUCAUGUACAAGUAUUUUAGAAGCAAAUUUGGGCAGCAAAUCGCGGUCUUACACUUCUGAAACCCAUCUUUCAGUUUCACUCAAUCUCGUAAUGCCUACUGAUGCCAAUGAAAUUGCAAGUGUAUCUCUUCUGGUGAAAAAUGAUGGCCCUGACCUUGUGACGGUGGUCAAUAUUAGUGCAGUUGGUGAUCAUGCAAUGUUUUUGGAGACUAAAUAUGUUGAAGGGUUGAUACUGUUUCCACAUACCCUGACACAGGUGGCUAUGGUCACCUAUACUUCAAAUCCUUUUAUGAACUUGAACUGCAGUUUACUUGUACAAACAAAUAAAUCAAGUGCUCCCGCACUUGAGGUUUAUUGCAAUGAUAUUGCCAGUCUUUGUUCACGCUUACAUUCCUAUGCGGGAUAUGGAGAGUUGAAAAAUGACAAUGCCGCCGAAACAGGAUUGAGUAAUGACCAUCUACCACCACAGUUGGAAAUCAAGGCAAAAGAAAUGACAACAGCUGAUGAAUCGGUUCUUAGAAACUGGAUAUCUCAAGGGACUUCAGAUGCGAUGUCUGUACUCAUCGAUCACGAGGUUAUGUUCUCCAUGGUUCACAUUGGUACUCAUCAGUCCAAGUGGAUCAGCGUUGUGAACCCCAGUGACCAACCAGUUGUCAUGCAGCUGCUUUUAAACUCGGGAGAAAUCAUCAACGAGUGUCAUGGAUCAGAAGAAAUCUUGCAGCCUUCUUCAUCUUAUUACUUAGUCCUUAAUGAUCACAUGAAUCCUCUGAGAUUUGGUUAUUCAAUACCACAGAAUGCAGUAACUGAGGCAUAUGUCCAUCCACAUGAAGAAGCGGUUCUUGGCCCAAUUGUAUUUCACCCAUCGAGCCGAUGUGCUUGGAAAAGUUCAGCUCUUGUGAGGAACAAUCUUUCGGGUGUUGAGUGGUUAUCUUUGCGUGGUUCAGGAGGUUUGGUGUCCUUGAUGUUACUUGAUGGGGCAGAUCCCGUACAUACCAUAGAGCUCAAGCACAACUAUGGCCAACCAUCCAUGAAAGUUUUGUUGGCAAAGAACACUGGAGACUUGCCUGUAAAAGUCAAUGGAAUUACAAUUUCGGGCACGAAAUGUGAGUUGGAUGGGUUUGCGGUGGGUCAUUGUAAAGGUUUUUCUUUGCAGCCCGGUGAAUCACGAAAGCUUAUGAUAUCAUAUCGUGCUGAUAUUUGUGCAGAAAUGGUACGUCGGGAACUUGAGCUGGCUAUGGCCGGCGGCAUACUAGUCAUACCCAUGGAAGUCAGCCUUCCUACACCAACAGUCACAAUAUGCAGACGAUCACUUUUUUGGACCAGAUUCAAAAAAUUAAUUCUUGCAGCUCUUGUUUUGUUACUGCCAGUUUUCUUGGUAUGUUCCUGUAGUUUUUCAUUCAUAAUCAGAGGUGGAAAUCUUCCUAAUGCACAUUCCUCUGAUGCAUGCUUGAAACCGAAGACUAUGAAGGUAGUGGUGGCAUCACCACCACCAGUUCCACUACCGUCUCAGUUAUCAUCCUCUAUGGUGGAUGAAGUAUCAAGACCCAAGAAUCUUACAGUUAAAACGGGAAAAGAGAAUGCAAGGCUUAGGAAGAAGAAAAGGAAUUCAGGUUUGGGCUUAACAGGGCAAUAUGAAGUAUCAAGUAGCCAUAGCAGCACAUCUACGCCUUCAUCUCCCUUAUCCCCAGCCUCGUCUUCCACACCCAAAAGAUCACCCCAGUUAUCUCCUAGUCAAAACAUUCGGUCGAGAAACAUGUUUAAUCAUAGCACCGCUAAUGCUGUCCUUGCACCUAAAGAUAAAUCUUAUACACCACCCAAAGAUAAACCUAGUACACCACCCAAACAUAAACCUAGUACACCACCCAAACAUAAACCUAGUACACCACACAAAGAUAAACCUCGUACACCAUUUAUAGAUAAACCUCGUACACCACCUAUUCGUACACCACCCACAGAUAAACUUUGCACAACACCCAUAGAUAAACCUUGUAAACCGCCUAAAACAACUGCCCCAUUUGCGCUGGCUCCUGGGGCCAACAGGAAAAAUGUUAAACAUGGGAAAAAUUCUGGGAAUGGUGACAGAUUUGAGUAUAAGGUAUGGGGUCAGCAUCUUCAACUGCGCUGUCCAGGUUCAUUUGAGGUGCAGGACUCGUGUAUACCCACCAUUGCUGAAGAUAAUCACUUUAGUAGUUUCUUUGCAAUGACUCCACAAGAGUUCUUUAAAACAUCUCAAGCAGAAAUUGUAAGUCUUAAAGAAAAUGAUCAAUCAAAGUUACCUACUUAAUCUA